AUGAAAUUGAUUGGCUACAAAAACUCAUGGGAUGCCAAGAUUUUUGCGACCAAGGACCAUAAUAAUGUUGUCUGUGUUUUAAAACGACAAAAGAACAAGAUAUGGAGUAUAGAGCAUGAGUGUGAUGAGUUCAAGAAUGCGGUGUAUGAUUGUGUACUUUGGAAAUCGAUAGAACAAGCGCACCAUAAAUUUGAUGAUGUCACUGGUACUGCAUUUGCCAAGAGAUAUUAUCCAGAGACGGAUACUUUCCUUCUACCCUUUAGCGAGAUGGCAAUAACUCCAAAUGAUUGUUAUAGAAUCACAGGCCUACCAAUUACUGGAACAAGUGUUCGAGCUGGAUACGAUCCUAACAUGAUUUUUGGAGCUCUUGAAAAGUUGGUUGAAAAGUGUCUAGGAUGGGACUCUACAAAGGCACAAUAUGAGUUUAGAAAAGCUGCAAAGAAGCCUAAGAGAGGUGAUGAGCUUAAUCCGUUCAAUGCUGACCGCACGGCCAAAAAGAUGUUGAAAAAGAUCAAGUUGAACACCUUGUUUGAUGAGUUCUCAGGGACUAGAGAUAAAGUUCUUGGAGGAAAGUUGGUGAUGACGGAGGAGAAGCUUACACACCAUGUGACUGCUUAUUUGUUAUACCAACUGGGAACCAUUUUCUUCCCUGACACUUCAGGUGCUGCGGUAAACGCCCAUUACCUCCAGCUAUUAGACCCACUUGGUGAGGUGAACAACUACUGUUGGGGCAUUGCGGUUAUUUCAUUUGUUCAAGCGGAGCUCAGAAAAUCUUCAAGGCUAAAGAGUCUCUACUUUGGAGGGUUAUACACCCUUGUUCAGGUUUGGGUGUACAACCACUUCACUGGACUGAAAUUGUCUCAUUCUCACGAUCCUUAG